GGUGGGACUAACAUGGCGAGGUUUCCGGCUGGCCCCGGCGACUGAAAGCCGGGGCAGAAGUGCUGCUCCUGGUCCGGGUUCGUGUCCCCGGUCCCGCCGAGGCGGCGACUGCGGUAGGAGGAAGAAGGAGGUUGACCGCGCUGGCUGACCGCCGCUCUCUAUCGCAGCCUUACCUCAGCUCAAAAUGAACUAUAUGCCUGGCACCGCCAGCCUCAUCGAGGACAUCGACAAAAAGCACUUGGUUUUGCUUCGAGAUGGAAGGACACUUAUAGGCUUUUUAAGAAGCAUCGAUCAAUUUGCUAACUUAGUGCUACAUCAGACUGUGGAGCGUAUUCAUGUGGGCAAAAAAUACGGUGAUAUUCCUCGAGGGAUUUUUGUGGUGAGAGGAGAAAAUGUGGUCCUACUAGGAGAAAUAGACUUAGAAAAGGAGAGUGACACACCCCUGCAGCAAGUAUCUAUUGAAGAAAUCCUCGAAGAGCAAAGAGUGGAACAGCAGACCAAGCUGGAAGCAGAGAAGCUAAAAGUUCAGGCACUCAAGGACCGGGGGCUCUCCAUUCCUCGAGCAGAUACUCUAGAUGAGUAUUAAGUCUCCUGCUCAGAGACUGGUGCUCUCAGACCUCCUGGUAACCUCACGCGUAUGACUAAAGACUGAGUUUUGAAACGUCAUUUUUAUUUUCAAUUCUCUCACAUAUGCAACUGAAGAAAUCAUGUUUUGUUUUUUUUUCCUUUUUUAAUCACAGAAUCAUUGUUUAAGAAACAGAGGUAUGGACUCUUUUCACAUCACUGUGGAGCCAACAACUACUUCUGUGUAUUGCUCUUAUGUCCACUUAGAGUUUACAGGGAUGUAUUUCACUUGUAAAUAAAGUACAAAUCUCAAAACUG